AUGGCCCGUAUACCAGAUGUCAAUCAUUUGCAUAGCGUCAAGAUUGACAACAUCAACUGCUCGCAAGAUGAAGUGAUCUCUGUCAAGGAGGAGCUCAGGGAAAAGUUCUCCAAGUUCGGGGAGAUUGGAGAUGUGUAUAUACCCAGAGACCGGAACUUCGCAUUUGUGCGAUACCUGGAGAAACGUGAUGCUCAAGAUGCUGUCGAUGCUAUGGAUGGCAAGGACAUCAUGGGCCACGAGGUCAGCGUGUCCUUGUCGAUGCAGGCCAAGAAGACGGCUGAG